AUGACAUCACUUUCUGAGUAUGUUUCUGAACAACGAGGUAAAAAUCAAUCAGGAAUAGGUUUAAUAACAAAUUCAUUCAAAUCAAUUGGUAUUGGACAACGUUUAACAGGAGUUUUAUCUAAUUGGAAUGGAAAUAGAGUGAAUGAUGAUAAUUUAAACGAACCAUUGAUAGAUGAAAAUAAUGAAAACAAUGAUACAUCAUCAUCUUGGUUUAACUUAUCAAAUCGUAAGAAUAGUAAUGAUAAUGGAAAUGAUUGUUUUGGUCUUGGAUAUUUACAACGUGAUUUCUUAUUCCAGUUUUAG